GUCAAUAUGAUCCUCUCGGGUUCAUUGUUCCCUACACAACUAGGGCCAAAAUCCUCAUUCAGCAUCUUUGGGCAAAACACAGAGAAUGGGAUGAUCCGGUACUGCCAGAAGAUCUCCUUCGAACUUGGCACUCUUGGCAGGGGGAAUUGCAACACCUGUCCCAGAUCAACUUAACCCGCUGCUAUGCAAGUCCAAAGAUGGAUGUUCCUGACUGCACUCGACAAAUCCAUGUGUUCUGCGAUGCCUCGGAAAAGGCUUAUGGUUCUGUUGCAUAUCUACGAACAGAAAACCCAGAGGGAGGUGCUGAAGUGUCAUUUCUCUCUGCUAGAUCAAGAGUGGCUCCUAAGCGACAGCUAUCCAUGCCUAGGUUAGAACUGUGUGCGGCCCUUACAGGUGCACAGUUAGCUUCUCUUGUUAAUAGAGAGCUUACAUUAGACAUUUGUUCCUGUUUCCUCUGGACUGACUCCACCACAGUCCUAACAUGGCUACAGUCUGACUCCUGUCGCUUUAAGGUUUUUGUGGGCACACGAGUUUCUGAGAUUCAGGAACUUACCAGUGAUUACACCUGGCGUUAUGUUGAUUCUACUAAUAAUCCAGCAGACGACAUCACCCGUGGAAAAACUUUGGUAGAAUUAGCAACAGAUAAUCGGUGGAGACAAGGACCAACAUUCCUCUGGCAGCCACAGGACCACUGGCCCAUUACCCCAGGCCAAGGUAACAUUGAUAGUUGUGAACUGAGGAAAUCUAUCUGCUGCAAUCAUGUAAGUGUCGCUGAAGAUCACUCAUUCCCAGAUCCAAAUCAGUACAACAGUUUUAAAGAUUUAAUUGAAGCAGCUGUACUCUUACGCCAUGGGGUGGCUGGGAAACAGGGAAACCCAACAGCUGAUGACUACAAGUUGGCAGAAACAGAUCUCCUAAGAAAAUCUCAACAAGAUAGCUUCCCUGAAGACUUUGACUGUCUAGCAAUGGGCAGACCAGUACAAUCAUCUAGCCGUUUGAUCACCCUUGCACCUGAAUAUGACCCUGUAUUCCAACUUAUCCGAGUCGGAGGUCGACUCCGCCGCAGUGAACUGCUAGAUCCAGAUACUAUCCACCCAGUGGUUCUAGACCCAGCUCACAAAGUAACACAACUCCUCAUUCAGGAUAUGGACAACCAACUCUGUCACCCAGGUUCUGAACGAGUUUUUGCAGAGCUUCGCCGUCAAUUCUGGAUUCUUCGAGGUAGAGCAGCUGUUAAAAAACAACAACACUCUUGCUUUGAUUGCCAAAAAUGGAGAGCCAAGCCAGUUGUGCCCCUAAUGGCAGACCUACCCCAAGCUAGGCUGCAACUGUUUAAGCCUGCCUUCUUUUCUACUGGUAUGGACUGUUUUGGGCCCUUUACAGUGAAAGUAGGAAGACGCAAUGAAAAGCGUUGGGGCAUCCUUUUCAAGUGCCUCACCACUCGUGCCAUCCACAUAGACCUUCUACACAGUCUUGAUACGGACUCCUUUCUGAUGGCACUGCGUCGUUUUAUCUCUCGUAGAGGUAAGCCUUCUGAGCUACUUUCAGAUCAAGGCACUAAUUUCAAAGGUGGGGACAGAGAACUCCAGGAAGCCUUUAAAGCUUUGAAUCCUUUGUUGCAAGCACAACUGUCAAAGGAACAAAUUCAGUUUAAAUUCAACCCCCCCAGUAGUCCACACUUUGGAGGAGCUUGGGAACGAGAAAUAAGAUCCAUCAAGUCUGCACUAUAUGCCACUUUGCAAAGUCAAAGCAUGACCGAGGAGGUAUUAAGGACAGUGCUGAUAGAAGUGGAAGGAAUCUUAAACUCCAAACCUCUGGGUUAUGCAUCAACUGAUGUUGCAGACCCCAAUCCCGUCACACCCAAUCUUCUCCUCAUGGGGCGGCCCGAUCCAUCGCUCCCCCAGGCUGUCUACCAUGAAUCAGAACUUUUAAGUCGUCGCAGAUGGAGGCACACACAAGUCCUUGCGGAUCACUUUUGGAGACAAUUCAUCAAGUAUUACCUUCCUAACCUACAGACCCGUUCCAAGUGGCAAAAGGACACUGAUAGUUUACAGCCUGGCAUGAUCGUGAUGAUCCUAGACCCUCAAAUACCCAGAGCUGUCUGGCCAGUAGGACAGAUCAUCAAUGUCUUUCCUGGAGCUGAUGGACGGAUUAGGACAGCAGAGGUGAAAAUAAAAGACAAAGUAUACACCAGACCAGUAGCUCGUCUUAUUAAAUUACCAUCCAUCCAUAACACUGAUAAAGCGGAGAAAAGUCCUUCUACAUAAAGACGAAUUUGACUGUGCAAAUUCUGGGGCGGCUGUUGUAAAGGACUGUGAUAACAAACAAUGGACAGUGAAUGCUAUUGGUGGGCUUUUUAAUUGACAGUUGAAACUACGAAUCAGUACAGCUUUAGCGUCAUCGGAAAGUAGUUCCGCCAAAGGAUACAGAAGUGUGUUGCAUCAGAAAGUUUCGUGCGGAGCUAAUGAGUGUUCUCCAAAAGUUUAUUUCAAGUGUGUGCGUGCAGCUAGAAAACCACACAUACCCAUCUACAGUGGAGAAUAAAAAUUAAAGAAGAAACAUCAGAGUCAUUGCAUUCUAACCGGAUGUGCCAUAGUGAUUGCAAACCUUUACUAACCAGCCCCAAAUAAAUACCUC